UUAGGUGGUUUCAUUUUUACAAGUUAAAUAUGUCUACAAAGAAGAAAAGUAGUGGUCGUCAAAGUAAUUUGUUUACAUUCUUUCAAAAAACGCCAAAAACUGAAAAAUCUGAUGAAAUAACACCAAUUCAUGGAGACAAAGAUAAAGUGAAUGAUGAGGCGAUUGAUGAUCUUGAAAAUAUUCCUACUAAAAAAGAGAUAACAACACCUUCAAACAAAAACAGCCCAAAAAUUUCUAAUGGAACAAAUAAACCUAAAAUAACAACUACACCAUUAUCUGUUAAAAGAAAGUUAUCCAAAAAUGAAGAAAAGCAAGAUGUUUCAAUUAUUUUAGAUGAUGAUAGCAAUAGUGGAGAGAAUGUGGAGGGGUUUUUAAGUUGUGCAGGGUCUUCGUUUACUGAUUCUCCUGCCUCACCACAAUUUUCCUUUAAACGACGGCGUGCAAUAAUUUCUUCUGAUGAGGAAGAGGUUGAUGAUUUAAAUAAAUCUAAAAGUGAAAGAAAAAUUAGAAAAAAUGAAGAUAAAGUUGAUAAAAAUUUAAGUGAAGUUAAAGAGGAUUUAAAUGAUGGAAAGGGAGAAAAUGAUAGUGAAAAGGUGAACAUUUCUAAUGAAAAAAUGGAACAAGAUGUUCCAAUUGUUGAUGACGAUAGCUGUCAUUUGAUUAGCCAAGAGAAAGAAAAUAAAUCUACAGUGAAGGCUCAUUCAUUUAUUGAAUUAUUUAGUUUUUCUAAUAACGAUGGUGAAGAGAUUAUCUCAGACCAACAACAAAAAAUUAAAUCAUCUUCCAACAUCUUAAAAACCCCAAAAUCAACCAAAGCUUCACACGAAGAAGAAAACAAAGGCGGGGACGAUCAUUUUCCCCAUCUGGAUUUUGAAUUUUUAAAAAAGCCAAGAGAUGCACAAAAAAGGAAGCCAACAGAUCCAGAAUAUGAUUCUCGAACACUUUUUGUUCCUCCAGAUUUUCUUAAACAACAGUCACCAGGUUUUGUUUUUCUGAUUCUUUCAUUUAUUACUUUAGGUCAUCAACAAUGGUGGAAAUUGAAAUCUGUACAUUUCGACACUAUUCUAUUUUUUAAAGUUGGUAAAUUUUAUGAGCUUUAUCACAUGGAUGCUGUUAUUGCUGUGGAAAAUUUGUCUUUGGUUUAUAUGAGGGGAAAAUAUGCUCAUUGUGGUUUUCCCGAAGCAUCCUAUGGCCGUUAUGCUGAACAACUUGUCAAUAAAGGUUAUAAAGUUGCUCGAAUUGAACAAACUGAAACACCAGAACAAUUAGCUGAAAGGCAGAAAAAAUCAAAAAAUUCAACAAAUAAUUGUUCUUCGCCUCGAAUUGAAAGAGAAAAAGUUGUUAGGCGUGAACUUUGUAGAUUGACAACUAUUGGAACGAAAACUUUUGGAAUAUUUGAUGGAAGUGAUUCUAGAGAUUCUACUGAUGUUGCUGUAGAUUCAAGUCCAAAUUAUUUACUGGCUUUGACAGAAAGAAAAUCAGAUAAUCGCUCAAAUGAUGGCUUUAGUCGAUUUGGUGUUUGUUUUGUUGAUUGUUCUGUUGGCAAAUUUUUUCUUGCCGAAUUUGAUGAUGAUCGUUUUCAAAGUAGUUUACGAACACUUUUUGCUCAUAAUUUACCUGUGCAGUUGAUAUAUGAGAAAGGAGCACUUUCUUCUGGUACCGCAACUCUUUUGGAAACAAUGCUUUCUAGUGUCCCAAAGGAAAUUUUAUUCUCUAAGAGACAAUUUCUGACAGCCGAGGAUACUUUGAAUUUGCUCUCUGAAGAACUUUAUUUUGGUUCAAAUAUUGACCAAUGGCCGAAUACUUUUCGCUCCUUGUUGGAUGACUCUCCAAUCCCUAAACCUUCAAAGCAACACAAACUUUGUAUUUCUGCUUUUGGCGCCAUUCUUUGGUAUUUACGUGAAUGCUUAAUUGAUGUAGAUACAAUUAGUAUGCGUCAAAUUGAGCUUUAUUCUCCACCUUCGCUUAAUUUUGAUGAUAAUAAUGGUAAUAUUUGUCCGAUGUCUUCAUCUGAAGCUUGGAAAGGAAAGCACACGUAAAUUAUAUUUUUUUGCCAAGUGUAGUUAUUCGCUAGAUAUCUCAAUCCAAUUAU